AUGCCUAAUGGAUUGUUUGAAAAGGUUUCAGGAAAUUUUUCUAUUGUGCAAAAAUUAUAUAGUAGAGGGAAAAAUUUCCUAAUCAGCCGGUUUGAAUGGUUAAUUAGAUUAAGGUCUGGUGGUCUUUUUUUGCUAUUUAAAAGUGAAAAUGGUGAACAAAGUGGAUCUCACAGUUAUGCUAAGGAAUGUAUUGGUGAAUGUAGGAAUCGAAAAUAA